UUUAUUUAUCUUACGUUAAAGAAGAACUUUUUGUCACAUUGUUAUCACGUCUCUCUGGGCUUGUACUUAUUUAGAGAACAGAGCGAAACAGCCCGAAAACAAAGAUUUCGUCGGCAAAUCAAGUCAUCUAGAAGGAACUAUGAGGGCUUGUGCUCUAAUGUUUUGAGCAAUGGUCACAGCCCCUCUGCUCGGGAUGAUGGGGGUUUCUCUCUAAACAAACAGUUCCAUGUGAGUGGAUGGCGGUGGCUCGGGCCUGUCUGUCUGCUUGCGUCUGCUGUUGUAUUAUCGCCUUAGCCGGGAUACACCCCCUCUGCACCGGAUCUGCGCCGUUAAUCACGGCUCGGAGAUUACCUCUGUUUACGGAAUAGCUACCUCGCUCUGCGCGCAAAAAUAGGAAGAGGAGUCCAUUUGGAAUAACAGAUGCAGUUUCCCGGCUGCGUGGACCCCCUUUAUGGGAGGAUUUACGGCGCUGGUUCGAAGCCUGUAAAAAACUUUGGCACUUGUUUUAGAUGAAUGUUGUUCCCAUGUGACGGGCUCCAGAUCACACUGCUGUGGAAUCAACACGCUCUACAAUGGGAGACAUCAAAAUCCAACAACUUUAUUUAUUCAGGGGGGCUCAGGUUUAUUUCCACUAAUUAUUUUGUUUGCUUGUGUCAAGCUCUUUAUUAUUAUUUUUUUUUAUACUUGACAUUGCUUUAAAUUUUAGCAAAAAUAUCUUUAGUAUCAGAUCACUGAAACACAAGUGAGAACUGUGGCUGCUUUUUUUUAAAGUUGCAUUAUGAUAAACAUUAUGGCAAACAACUUUAUUUUCAUCUUGUGUGAAGAUUUAAAGUAGCUGAUGGUUGAUAAUUUAAAGCCAGAAUCUGUUUUAUUGAGUUUUCAGUGUAAGGGUUCAGUCUGGUAGCCUUCAUCACCACUUUCUGACCCGGUAUUUUUUUUUUUUUUUUUUUUUUUUUGCCUUGCUGAAUGGCUCUUUGCAGCACAACUGCCACAAACGUUCCAAAAAUGAUGACUGCUUACAACGGUGGCUCCUCAGCAGUGGCUGCCCAUCACCAUCACCAGCUGCAGCACCUCCCGCCUCCCCACAUGCACCAUCACCACCUCCACCACCAAGCAGGACAGCAUCACUUGCAGCACCCGGGUUCUGCUGCAGCCGUGCGCACGGUGCAGCAGCACACAUCCACUGCUGCGGCUGCAGCGGUGAUGCUCAAUCCUGGCCAGCAGCAGCCCUACUUCCCCUCUCCUGCGCCUGGACAGGCUCCAGGACCUGCUUCAGCUGCAGCUCCAGCCCAGGUUCAAGCUGCUGCUGUCAAGUCUCACCAUCACCACCACCACCACCAUCAGCAACAAAACACGCACCACCUUCAGCAGCAGCUGGACAUAGAGCCUGACCGGCCCAUCGGCUACGGUGCGUUUGGGGUCGUAUGGUCGGUUACGGAUCCCAGAGACGGAAAGCGAGUGGCUCUCAAAAAGAUGCCCAAUGUCUUCCAGAAUCUUGUUUCUUGCAAAAGGGUCUUUCGGGAACUGAAGAUGUUGUGCUUCUUCAAACAUGAAAAUGUACUUUCUGCUUUGGACAUACUGCAGCCUCCACACAUCGACUACUUUGAAGAAAUUUAUGUUGUGACUGAACUUAUGCAAAGUGACCUCCAUAAGAUCAUUGUAUCUCCACAGCCUCUGAGCUCAGAUCAUGCCAAAGUUUUUCUGUAUCAGAUUCUUCGGGGACUUAAAUACCUUCACUCUGCUGGAAUUCUGCACCGGGAUAUCAAACCUGGCAACCUCCUGGUCAACAGCAACUGUGUGCUCAAGAUCUGUGAUUUUGGGCUCGCCCGUGUGGAGGAGUUGGAUGAGUCCCGGCACAUGACUCAGGAAGUGGUGACGCAGUACUACAGAGCACCAGAGAUCCUUAUGGGCAGCCGGCACUACUCCAACUCCAUCGAUAUUUGGUCUGUGGGCUGCAUCUUUGCAGAGCUGCUGGGUCGGCGUAUCCUCUUCCAAGCUCAAAGUCCCAUUCAACAGCUGGAUUUAAUCACUGACCUACUGGGGACGCCUUCUAUGGAGGCAAUGAGGACGGCAUGUGAAGGCGCACGGGCACAUAUUCUCAGAGGAACUCAUAAGCAGCCAUCCCUUCCUGUUCUGUACACACUGUCUAGCCAGGCAACCCAUGAAGCAGUUCAUCUGUUAUGCAGGAUGCUAGUGUUUGAUCCAUCUAAGAGGAUUUCUGCCAAGGACGCUUUGGCUCACCCUUACCUAGACGAGGGUCGACUUCGCUACCACACGUGUAUGUGCAAAUGCUGCUACACCACAUCCACCGGCCGUGUUUAUACCAGUGACUUUGAACCAGUCACAAACUCCAAGUUUGACGAUGGUUUUGAGAAAAACUUGACCUCUGUGAGGCAGGUCAAAGAAAUCAUCCAUCAGUUCAUUUUGGAGCAACAGAAGGGGAGUCGGGUGCCGCUCUGCAUUAACCCUCAAUCAGCUGCUUUCAAAAGCUUCAUAAGCUCCACAGUAGCUCAACCCUCUGAAAUGCCUCCGUCUCCGCUUGUGUGGGAAUAGAUGCUGCUGUGCACCAUCCUUUUCCCCAGCUGACCUGUUGGAACCCGGAAGCACCUAAUAAUUACGUAGCAUUUCACUGGAGUGAAGAACUUGCGGCUCUGAUCUAUUCAAGUGGACACAUGGAGAAAACGACUGGUACCUUUUGGAUUUGAAGUCUUGAUGUAAAAAAUAAAUGGGACAGCAGCUUGAUAGAACAAAUGUUGAAGGUGUACUAAUGUAUUAGUUGCUGAGUAGACAAUAACAUCUUUAGAAAACAAAGUACAGUUGUUGAUGAUAGUACCCAAUACCUGCAAAGAUGUAUAGAUUUUUUUUGGGGUUUUUUGCCAGAUGUAAACUACUUACAUUUAUUGCAAACCAUACACUUUGGCAUAUUCCUGUUAUUACAUCAACCAGCAAUGUUGCAAUGGUUCUUUAGAUCCCACAUUGCUUCAUAUCCAGACAAUCAACUGUAAAUGUGUCUGUAGAAUGGACAGAUGCCCCAAGUUUUACAAAAAAAACCAUGGUGUUUGAGAGAUGUGAAAAAUGUUUAAACUUUGGUUGUUGGAAGCAUUUGUCUUUUCUUUCUUUUUUUUUUUUUUUUCCUCAUCAAAUAUUUAAUUUACCAAAGAUUAGGAACCUCGGGCAGGAAUUAUGCAGCGAGGUAAUCAAUGCUUUCUAAAUGGGAGUUCGUCUGCACAGUUUUCACUUUAUGCAAAAAUGUAGAAGGAUAAGCAUAGAUUUUAUAGAAGGAUGCUCCUGAUGUUCCAAGUGGUUUCAGUUGAAGGAAUUCUAAAGCUUCUGCCAUCGAACCUUCCUUGCAUGAUCACUUCCUUCAGUUUGGAUGUCCCGGUUCUGAUGGAGCAGUGGUUCCCAGCCUUUCCUCUCCCUCUCAGUCCUUUCACUCUCAACCCCAGUUGCUCCUGCUCUUGCAUGUUAAACCAGAAGUUUCCAUUCACAGCGUAAAAGACAGUUAUCACCGAUUCUGAGUAAAUGUACGAGAACUUGUGAAUUUAAAGAAAGUUGCCAAAAAGACUGGCAAUUAAUAAAUGGAAAUAAUUUAUGUAAUUCUAACUGAUCUAACAUGAGAGUUUUGUUCUGAUUUUGAGAAAGCGAGGAAGAAAUUGUCUUUUUAAUUGGUUUAUGUAAUUAAAAAAAACAACAAUGUUUUAAUUCAAGAAGUAUUAAUGCAUUUAUCACUUUGCAGAAUAUUUAGCUGAUCUUGGCUGUAAUAUUUAUGAUGAAAAGUUAGACUUUUAAGUAAAGCUGCUAAUGUCGGAGGUAUGCUACUGAAUAACAUUCAACAUGUGGAGUCUGUCUUCAUUUACUGGACAUUUGAAUUGGGUCAGAAAUACUCAAGUAAAAAAAAAAAAUACAAUAGAACUUUUUCCAAACACUUUCAAAAUUACUGUAAGAUUCAGACACUGGGCUGCUUUGCUCUUGGGUCAGCAAGGAUGUCGUUUCUUAGCCUGGUUUUGUGCUGAAACUUGCAUGAAUAGCAUAUUUUGUGCAGACCUUGCAUCUAAAUCUCUGGUCUCAGUGGAGACUUGAUAUGUUGGAAAGAAUAUCUAACUUUAUCAACUAUUUCUUGCUCUUUUGUUUGUACAUGUUCGUUUUUAUAGUCGACCACACCUCUACAAAGAGUAUCUUGUUUAAAAACGUAAAAUAUUCCCUGGGAAAGGUUCUGGGUCGGAACCACUGCAUUACAAGAUUUGAGUAGCUCUUUAUGAAAAGCAUUUUGGUUGUGGCAAAGAAUUCAUGUAUCCCAAAAAUAAUCCAUAGUCUGAAUCCCAUCAGCAUUUUAGGACCUCUAUCUGAUUAUAAUGUUCUCCAACUGCAGAGUAAUUUAUAUAAAUUCAUGUGUAGAAUCAUUUUCAUGAUUUUAAUAGUAACAUUCUUUAGAUUUGCCUUUGGAAUCUAUUCAAUCUGUUAGCAUUCUUCUAAAAUAUUCAGCCCUCCUGUGUGUGAAGAAACACAGAUCUCACCGAUUAGCCCCCAAAAAACAAACCCACGUUGUUUUUGACAAGCUCUGUUGUGAUGAGGUUGGAAUAAAACACAUUUGCUUUGUCAA